UGUAAACUCCUUGCUGUUUAACAUAUUAAUUCACAUCUGUGUAAGUGUAUCGCGUGUUCUUCGAGAUUUUUUUUUGUUGUUGAUUCUGCAAUCUGCAGCACUUCGUUCGUUUUCGAUUAGGGUUAAGAAUUUAGUGAAAGCUCCGCUUUGGUGAGCGAUACUCUCUGAUUCUUCAUCGUUCCUGAUUAAGCCGAAAACUGGAGAGUGGAAGCUACUUCUGUGGGAAAAUGGCGAAUAACCCUCCCCAAUCAUCUGGUUCCCAGCAGUUUCGGCCGAUGGUUCCUGGUCAGCAUUUUGUUCCUGCAGCUUCACAGCCAUUUAACCCCUAUGGACAUGUACCACCAAAUGUUCAAAGUCAGCCUCCGCAGUUUCCUCAGCCUAUACAGCAGCAGCUCUUUCCGGUGAGACCAGGUCAGCCUGCGCAUAUUACGUCGUCCUCACAGCCUGUAUCAGCGCCGUAUAUCCAACCGCAGCCAAAUGCACCUCCAAUGACUGGCUUUGGUACAUCUGGACCUCCAUUUUCCUCUUCAUAUACAUUUGUACCACCAUCUUAUGGUCAGCAACAACCACCAUCAUUGGUCCAACCGAAUUCUCAGAUGCAUGCAGCUAGUGUUGUCCCACCAGCAGCAAACUCCUGGGCUGCUCCUGUAAAUCAAAGUACAACACUUGUUUCCCCUGUGCAGCAGACUGGGCAACAAACACCAGUCACGCUUCCCACAGACUCAGGACGCUUGACUCCGCAAUCUGCAUCUGACUGGCAGGAGCAUAAAUCCGCUGAUGGGAGAAAGUAUUAUUAUAACAAGCAGACUAAACAAUCAAGUUGGGAAAAACCUCUUGAACUGAUGACACCACUUGAGAGGGCUGAUGCAUCCACUGUAUGGAAGGAAUUUACAACAGCUGAAGGAAGGAAAUAUUAUUAUAACAAGGUUACUAAGGAGUCUAAAUGGACAAUUCCAGAAGACUUGAAGUUAGCUCGGGAACAAGCGGAAUCAGCUAGUGCAAAGAGGUCCCUUUCAGAAGCUGGAUCUACCUCUCUGUCUCACAUCGCUGCAUUGUCAUCUGAUCCAGCGGUUAGCACUACUGUGACCUCUGUUGUUCCCAACACAUCUUCAACCAUUUCUGGGCAUUCUUCAAGCCCUAUUCCAGCAGGUUUGGCUGUACCUGUCACCUAUCCUACCCCCGUUGCUCCUGUUACUCCAACUUCUGCUGCUACUAGUGAUACCGAGGCUACUGCAAUGGGGCAGAUGAUUCAAAUGACGGAGCUCCAGCAGAAAACAAUGAGGCAUGACUUUGCUAUUCCUGCUGAGAAUAAGGAAAUGGCGGUAAAUGGGAAAGCCAAUCUGACAACUGGUGACAAAGCAAAUAUUGAGGAACCCAUGGUAUACGCUACUAAGCAGGAGGCCAAAGCUGCUUUCAAGGCUCUUUUAGAAUCUGUAAAUGUUCAGUCCGACUGGUCAUGGGAACAGGCAACGAAAGAGAUUGUUCACGAUAAAAGAUAUGGUGCUUUGAGGACACUCGGUGAGCGGAAACAAGCUUUUAACGAGUAUCUUGGUCAAAGGAAAAAAGUUGAAGCUGAGGAAAGGCGAAGGAGACAAAAGAAAGCUCGGGAAGAAUAUGUCAAGAUGCUAGAGGAGUGUGAAGAACUUUCAUCAUCCGUGAAAUGGAGCAAAGCGAUGAGUUUGUUUGAAAAUGAUGAGCGCUUCAAAGCUGUGGAACGUCCAAGGGAUCGUGAAGAUCUUUUUGACAAUUAUAUUGUGGAACUUGAGAGGAAGGAAAGAGAAAAGGCAGUGGAGGAACAUCGGCAGAAAAUGGGAGAAUAUCGGAAGUUUCUUGAAACCUGUGACUAUAUCAAAGCUAAUUCACAAUGGCGCAAAAUUCAAGAUAGACUGGAGGAUGAUGAAAGAUGCUCAAGUCUUGAAAAGAUAGAUCGUCUGAUUGGUUUUGAGGAAUACGUUGUUGACCUGGAGAAGGAAGAAGAGGAACAUAAGAGGGUAGAGAAAGAACAUAUUAGGCGGGCUGAGAGAAAAAACCGUGACGCAUUUCGUACACUACUGGAAGAACAUGUCGCUGCUGGCAUCCUGACAGCCAAGACGUACUGGCCGGAAUAUUGCAUUGAGUUAAAAGAAUUGCCCCAAUACCAAGCUGUUGCCUCUAAUACGUCUGGCUCAACUCCGAAAGACUUGUUCGAAGAUGUUACAGAAGAAUUAGAGAAACAGAUUGCAAUGGUCUCCUCGUGGAUGUUUGAAGAUUUUAAAUCUGCUCUUUCAGAAGAUCUUAGUUCUCAACCAAUAUCAGACAUAAAUGUAAAGCUUAUAUUUAAUGACUUGUUGGAGAGAAUGAAGGAAAAAGAAGAAAAGGAGGCCAGAAAGCUUCAGCGUUUGGCUGAAGAAUUUACCAAUCUGUUGCGCACUUUCAAGGAAGUAACCGCAGCUUCAAAUUGGGAAGAUAUUAAACAACUAGUUGAAGAAAGUGAAGAGUACAGAUCAAUUGGAGAUGAUAGUGUUAGCAAAGGGCUUUUUGAGGAAUACAUUACGAGUUUACAAGAAAAGGCAAAGGAGAAGGAGCGUAAGCGUGAUGAAGAAAAGAGUAGAAAAGAGAAGGAAAGGGAGGAGAAAGAGAAGCGGAAAGACAAGGAGAAGGAGAGUAGAAGGGAAAAGGAAAGGGAACGCGAGAAAGAGAGAGGUAAAGAGAGGAGUACUAAAAGGGAAGAAUCAGAUGGUGAGGCUGUAGAUGUGAGCGAAGGUCACAGAGAAGAGAAAAGAAAAGGAAAAGAUAGAGAGAGAAAACAUCGGAGACGGCAUCACAAUUCUGAUGAGGAUGUUAGUUCUGAUAGGGAUGACAGAGAAGAGUCGAAGAAGUCGUCACGCAAACAUGGUAAUGAUCGCAAGAAAUCAAGAAAGCACGCAAAUUCGCCUGAAUCAGACAGUGAAAGUAGGCAUAAAAGACAGAAGAAAGAGCACCGGGAGAGUAGUCGUCGAGGUGGUAAUGAUGAGCUAGAGGAUGGAGAGGUUGGGGAAGAUGGUGAAAUCAGACUUUAAAAUCGCUGUGAAAUGGUGAUUACAUUUUUACUUGUAGAGAGAUAUACAUCUCCCAAUGCGUUUUCUUGAUUCAUCUUUUUCACUGUAACGAUAUUUUUGUUUACUUUUCCUUUCUUAUUAAUUGGAUAUUAAUACCUUAAAUCUUCAAAUAUUACUGGUAUUGUGAAGAACUACCCCAAAAGGACGUGAGACAAAAAAAAAAUUUGCUCGAGACUUGUGGUUCUUUGUAGUUUUCUUAUACAUGCA